CUACCUGUGUCGGCGUACAGGGCAGCAUACCCACUCUCUUCAGAACACCCCAACCUGAGAGAGAGAGAGAGAGUAUAGAGCUUUACUUGGAGAUACAGUUUGGUUGCUUCGGCUCAAUGAUUAAUCCGCUAACCACAUUGGGCUGAGCGCGCAUUAGUUGCAAUGAGACCAGGAGGAGGAGGACCAGUGUGGUGGUUGGCGAUCCAGGGAUGAGAAUUCAAAGCUGAGUCCAUUGAUUAGGCUUGUGGAAAUGGCGUGAGCUGGAGUCAAUGCUAUUGAAAUAGGAGACAUUGCUGUGAUUGAUUUGGAUCGAGAGAGAGGAAAGGGAUGGAGUCUAGGAUGGAUCAGUAUGAGCUGAUGGAGCAGAUCGGCCGGGGAGCUUUCGGAGCCGCGAUUUUGGUUCAUCAUAAGGCUGAGAAGAAGAAGUAUGUGUUGAAGAAGAUCCGGCUUGCGAGACAGACGGAACGGUGCCGGAGAUCUGCUCAUCAAGAGAUGGCUCUUAUUGCGCGGAUUCAGCACCCGUACAUUGUGGAAUUUAAGGAAGCCUGGGUUGAGAAGGGUUGCUAUGUUUGCAUUGUCACUGGAUACUGUGAAGGUGGAGAUAUGGCUGAGUUGAUGAAGAAAUCCAAUGGGGUUUAUUUUCCUGAGGAGAAACUAUGCAGGUGGUUCACGCAGCUGCUCUUGGCAGUUGAAUACCUGCAUUCAAAUUAUGUUCUACAUCGUGAUCUAAAAUGUUCCAAUAUAUUUCUUACUAAGGAUCAUGAUGUUCGUCUUGGGGAUUUUGGUCUUGCUAAAACUUUAAAGGCAGAUGACUUGGCUUCUUCGGUUGUAGGAACCCCCAAUUACAUGUGUCCUGAACUGCUUGCUGAUAUUCCUUAUGGCUUCAAAUCUGAUAUCUGGUCUUUAGGCUGCUGCAUAUAUGAGAUGGCUGCUUAUCGACCUGCUUUCAAAGCUUUUGAUAUGGCAGGUUUGAUAAGCAAGAUCAAUCGUUCCUCUAUAGGUCCUUUGCCUUCCUGCUAUUCCCCGUCCUUGAAAACACUAAUCAAAGGCAUGCUGAGAAAAAAUCCUGAGCAUCGGCCAAGUGCAACCGAGGUUUUGAAGCACCCUUAUUUGCAGCCUUAUGUUGAGCAAUAUCGUCCAUCCUUUAUUACUCGAACAGCAAUCUCCCCAGAUAAGCCUAUAUCUGCAGCCCGUGAAUCUCGGAGACACAUGGCAGAAAGCCAAAACAGUAAUGGUUCAAGCAGUGAUAAAGAUAGUUUGCGUUCAAUUGAGAAACACAUCCCCGAAAUGGAGUCAAACUGUGAUAAUAGAACUAAUGAGACAUACUUGGUAUCCCUUGAUGAUGAUGAGGGCUCUGAGCACGGCCCGAAUGUUUGCACUGUCAGAAUGGAAGAACAAGAGUCUAUGAGACCUUCACAUUCUGAACAGAAAUCUAAUGUUGAAUUGCGGCAUCCAAAAACCAUUAGGAAUAUAAUGAUUGCUUUGAAAGAAGGAAAAGUUAGGGAAAGUUCACCGAUGAGAAGUAAUCGUGCAAAGGUUGGUGCCCCCACCCAAAGAACUAACGUGGAAGCAGUGUCCAAAAUACCCAGGCUGACUGCUUUGCCUUCUGGUAUCAAGUUUAGUCCUGAUACACCACUUGUUGUGCCAUCAAAGGCAGCCCCUGAUUCUGCAAAACGGGCACAGGGAUCCCAUCCUUUAAAGUAUCAGCUACCUGUUAUUGAAUCUUCUCCAAAACCUAAACCCAGAAACGAUGGUACUCCUCCCUUGGUUCCUGUGAAACAAGUUAUUGAAGAUGGACUUCCUAAGGCUAGGCAAAAAACUCCUCCUACAAUGAUUAGACGCCCUUCCUUUCCUGGACGGAUGAAGCAAGUAGGGGUUGAUGCUCCAAAUGCAGUGAGCACUGCUCCUAGGUUAGGUCCAAGAGAGAUAUCUCAGGAGCCUGAAAAGAAUCCUCCUCAAGUGCCCAAUGGCUGCCAAAUAAACUUAUCUAGAGAGGUAAUGGAAGAGCCUCGAAGAGAUCAAGAAAGAGGUUCAAAAGUAAUGCAAACUGACAGCAGCAAUUCUGUCUCCUCUUCUGUGUCUAUUCAAGCAUUUGAGAUUUGUGAUGAUGCAACGACUCCUUUUAUUGACAUGACAGAGCAGAUGCUUCCUGAUAUUGGUACUGUUAUCCGACCUGAGAGUACAGAAUCUCGAUCAAGCAGCUCCACUGCUACUCAUUGUCAUCCAGUGGUGUCUGAAACUGUGGAAAACCCUGGGAAUGAUAAUAAAUCUGAAUGCUUAGCUGAAACAUCUGAGGCUAAUCUAGUUCUUCACCUUAAAGCAGCUGAUGAUAAACAAAUCAGUUCAGCUGUCACUCUUGAUCCCCCAGUCACAGUUUCUGAAGAAAGACUUAUUUGUAGAGAUCACACCCCUGUAAGCAGGCCAUGUAGUACCCCUGAAACAGUGGUCCAAUCAAAACCUACAUCUACAUCUAGUGGUCAUGACAAGUUUAUGGUGAGGGAACUUCUAUCCCCAGCAACAGACACUACCCUUUCCACUGCUUCUCCCAACCAGAAAGGUUUUCAUGCAGAGAAAGGCACCAUUUUGCAAAAUCCAACAAUUGAAAUGCCAGCUGCUGCACAUCUUCCUCCAGCUUUUGAUGAUGUUAUACAUGUCAUACGCCAUAGUAGUUUCCGUGUUGGGAGUGACCAGCCUGUAAUUGAAUCUGUGGAGAUGGGGGUUCAGAAUAUGGAUGUUGGUAAGCUGAUAAAUGUAGUAAGGGAUGAAAUGGAGAUGCGAAAUGCGAAUUCCCCAAUGGCUCUUAAAUCAUCAACUUGCUCUGAAACAGUAAGCCCGAAAUCAACUAAUUCUGAAAACAUUGGUGCCAAAGAAACUGAGAUGACAAAUCCUGUUCCUUCAGCUCAGCACAAAUGUGACUCCGCAGAGGCAACAAAGCCUGGUCCUCCAAUCACUGAAGAAGAAGCACCAGAAAAGGAGAUCUUGGAUGUCAAGUCUUUUAGACAGAGGGCAGAGGCUCUUGAAGGACUGCUAGAAUUAUCAGCAGAUUUGCUGCAGAAUAAUAGAUUAGAGGAGCUUGCAGUUGUUUUAAAUCCUUUUGGGAAAGAUAAAGUCUCUCCAAGAGAGACUGCUAUCUGGUUAGCAAAGAGUCUUAAAGGUAUGAGGAUUGAGGAGGGCGGACGGAGUUCAUGAAGCAUCACAUCUAUUGUAAGCUUUCACUUCUUGAUAUUACUAGAUAUUGCAACUCCAGUCUCAGUUUUUGCCAUGCCUUUUAACAAUUCAAAUCCCGUUUGAAUUCAAAAGAAAACAGCCAGGUGUUGAGUUCCUUCUAUUCAUUUUGUAAUUCUUUGAAUGCAUUCUUGGAAUGCAUCCGGUUGUUGUACAUAGUGACAGUACGUAUUAUAGCAUUGUCUUCUGGCCAAAUGUAUGAUAUGCUGUAGCUUGCAGUCAAUGUUAGUAAUGCUAAACUUGCUGACAGCUUUGUUCUUCUUCCAAAUAAGAUUCCAUAGAUAAUAUCUGCACAGAUGGAAAACUAUGCUGUACAUUUGACAUGGCAGGUUAAUGUUUAUUUUGUUUUUAUGAACCUUA